AAAUUUUAAUUGCAAGUUAAUCCGCAUAUAGAACUCGAUUUAUUUUCCACGAAAUUUUGCAGACUCUCUGAUUCCAGAUUCGUCAAUACCUCCAUCAUCACCAAAGCAACAAAAAAACGGGCAAAUUCCUUCAAAUUUAACACAUCAACUUCAUUAAAUCUGUCUAAAUCUCUAUCAACCUCGUAUCACUUUUGUUCUUCCUACUUAUAUAUAGUUCCAACUUUAAACCAAUUUAGGGUUGAAAUUUUAAUUCUUUUGUGCGCAAAUUUAGGGUUUUAACUGAUAAUAGUUCCCAAAAUGUCUGAAUCGAGUAAUAAAGCAGUUGGAGUUGAUAACACAUUUAGGCGGAAGUUCGAUCGUGAAGAAUAUUUGCAACGAGCUCGAGAGCGUGAAGAGAAGGAAAAGGAUGGACGGUUGAAAUCUAAAUCUAAAGGACCUCCAGUGCAGAGGAAGCCAUUGAAGCACAGGGAUUAUGAAGUUGAUCUCGAGUCGCGUUUGGGGAAGACACAGGUUGUCACACCAAUAGCACCGCUAAGCCAGCAGGCUGGUUAUUAUUGUUCAGUUUGUGAAUGUGUGGUAAAGGAUUCAGCAAAUUACUUGGACCACAUCAAUGGAAAGAAACAUCAAAGGGCGUUGGGUAUGUCUAUGCGAUCAGAACGAGCAACUCUUGAUCAGGUGAGACAGCGGUUUGAGGUUCUCAAGAAGCGGAAAACUACUGGCAGUUUUUCUGAGCAAGAUCUCGACGAUAGAAUCUUAAAGCAACAAGAAGAAGAGGAGGAGAGAAAACGUCAACGUCGGGAGAGGAAGAAAGAAAAGAAGAAGGAGAAGGCCGCCGGAGAAGAGGAGCCUGAGAUGGAUCCUGAUGUGGCUGCUAUGAUGGGGUUUGGUGGUUUUGGCUCUUCUAAAAAAUGAAUUCAAAUGCACCCUUUUUCUGAAUUUGUUGCUGUAGCUUUACAUAGGGGGGUUCGAGGUUAAUCACAUUGUAUUCUCUAUACUCGCUUUGUUGUAGAGGAGAGAGUAUCAAGGAAAAUUUGGAGUGAAUUAUCAGUUCCAUAUUUAAUACAUCCAAUUUUCAUUACUCUA